ACACAACUUUACUCAGGCAUGUGCGAAAUUCGAAAAUUUUUUGAUUUUGAAGUAUCUACAUAUGUAGGUACCUGGUUAUCUAUACUGAAUAUUAACCAUCCGAAUACGAUGCGUAAAAUUCGCCCAAGUACGAGUCGCGUCAGUAGGUAGGUAAUUUUACCUAAUGAAUCCUUGAAAAUGUGCGUCUAUAUUUCAUUAGUCGCUUUCUAGAUAAAGAUAAAACCUUGGUACACGUGAAAUGAAAGAUUUCACUUUCUCGGUUAUUUGAAUUUCUUACUCGACAGAGUGUAGACUGCGAUAACUAUUUCGAUUUUUAUUAGUAUUCUUUUUUACUUUCGCGUUCGCGUAGCUCAUUUUUUGUAUUAUUUUCUUUUUUAACUUUGUUGUAAUUUAAUUAUUGUUCAUUUUUUUCAUCAUGCAAAACGGAGUCGCCAAAUUCGGAACAACGUUUACAAAACACAUGCUGACCAUAGAAUUCGAUUCGGAUAAGGGUGGUUGGCAAGAACCCCAAAUCGGCUUAUUCAAAAAUUUAUCAAUUCACCCGGCUGCGAAAGUUCUGCAUUACGCUUGCGAAACCUUCGAAGGAAUGAAGGCGUAUAAAGGAGAAGACGGCCAGAUUCGAUUGUUUCGACCUUUGCUUAAUUUGAAUCGAUUGAAUCGAUCAAAUGAGAAAGUCUGUUUACCACAAAUCGACGAACAACUGUUGUUAAGGUACAUUGCCAAAUUGGUGUACACGGAUCGAAGUUAUUUGCCUUCUAUUAAAGAUGGCGGAUUUUACAUCAGACCAACCGUCAUCAGCACCGAUGCCGGCCUUUGUGUAGAUGCAGGAAAAACAGCAUUAUUAUACGUUAUUCUAAGUCCAGUAGGCCCAUACUUUGGUUUAGAUUUUCAAGCCAUUCGUGUAGCUGCUGUAUCCAACUACGUGAGAUCGUGGCCAGGAGGCACCGGCGAUUUAAAAGUGGGAGGAAAUUACUCACUCGUGAUUUACGUAACAGAACAAAUCAAAAAACAAGGAUGUAAGACAACGUUGUGGUUGUUUGGCGAAGAUGAAAAAAUUACCGAAGCCGGAGUAAUGAACUUUUUCAUGUUCUUCAUUAAUGACGAAGGAGAAAAAGAACUGAGAACUCCACCAUUAGACACGACCAUCUUACCUGGUAUCACGAGAAGGUCGUUGUUGGAAUUAUCUCGAGAAUGGGGUGAAUUCAAAGUAUCUGAAGAUCCUAUCACAUUCAAAGAACUCAGACAUUUAUUAGACAAUAACAGAGUAUUGGAAUUGAUGGGAGCGGGAACGGCUUGUGUGGUGUGUCCCAUUGCUGAAAUAUUAUAUAAGGACGAACUCUUCAAAGUACCUACGAUGCAGCAGAAAAAUCCUCUGUACAGACGUUUCUAUCAAUCUUUGAACGAUAUCCAAUAUGGGAGGAUUGCUCACCCAUGGUCUUAUGCCAUCGAUCCGAAGCAGUUUUAAUCAUCCUGGUCUGGUUUUCUGCGUGGCAAUAUCUUAUUAACGUGAACAAUUUUUUCGAAUAUUACAUUUUUAUACUCGGGGGUAUCCCUCGGAAAGACACGUGAAAUCGCAAAUAAGUUGAUGAUUAUCGCAUUUGAAUAAACACUCGUAUUUAA